AUGGUGCAUAGACCUGGAGUGCGGAAAAUCAUUGACGCGACAGUUCGACGGACACCGUUCAAGGACAGUAGCAGCUUUGAACUCCUCAUCGCUCGCUUGGGUGCCGGUCUUCGUUCCUAUGCAAGAGAAGAGAGCAAGAGAGUAAAGGCAACGUUGUUACAUCUGGCUAAUGAUGUGGCAAGACUGAAGCAGGAGUGGAUGGGGGAUCCGGAGUGCUCGGUCAAGCGUACACUGCUGGAGGCAAGAGAGUCGCAUUUGAAAGCGUACCAGACGGCGCGGAAGGAGAGGUUGCACCUGCAGGCGGGGUUGUCGGAGGAGAUGAUGGGGGAAGUGGCAUCAAAGCACCUGUCUGCUAGGGUUCGAGAAAGAAAAGGCCGCACACAAAUAACGGAGCUGAAGGAGGGAGGUUCGUCCGUCACGGGCGUAAAGCAGAUUCUGGGGGCCGCUUCAGAGUAUUUUCGGAAGAUCUUCGGCAGCGAUCGUCGCACGGAUUUCACUUCUUGGGAUUUCAGUCCAACGCGGUGUCUGAGUGAAGGAGCAGCAGAGGCGUUAACGGCGGAAUGGUCAGAGCAGGAGGUGAAAGCAGCUUUCGCAGCAAUGGCCAAGAACAAAUCACCUGGUGGGGAUGGGCUCCCGAAGGAGCUCUUCGAGGCCCACUGGGAUCUGUUGGGUGAGAGCUUCAUGGUGAUGGCGAAAAGCUUCGAGCAAACUGCUUUCCUUCCGAUGGAGCUCAAGGAAGCAGUAACGAUCCUGUUGCACAAGAAGGGGGACCGGGAUCAUCUGGAUAACUACAGGCCAAUUAAUCUCUUGAACUUCACUUACAAGGUGUUGGCGAAGGUCAUGGCGGAUCGGAUGAAGUCUGUGCUGCAUCAGGUCAUCUCGCCGGAGCAGUAUGGCUUUAUCCCGGGGAGACGUCUUUCUGAUGCGGUGGCGUUGGUAGCUGACGUCAUUGAUGCGGCAAAAAAUGGCAAUAAGGAUUGGUACCUGUUGUUGGUAGACUUCAAAAAAGCUUUUGACUCGGUGUCGCGUGACUUCUUGUUUGAGGUGCUCCGGAAAAUGGGCUUCCCGGACCGCUUCGUUGGCUCGAUAAAAGGUCUGCACGCAAAUACAACAACAAAACUCUUGGUCAAUAGCUGGCUUGGUGAGGGACUGGAAGUGGUCUCGGGGGUCAGGCAAGGGAGCCCUCUGGCGCCUUACCUUUUCCUCUGUGCGGUGGAACCCUUGGCUCAGGCGGUGGAAAGGGAGCAGUUGGGGCUCAGCAAGGACGAGCAGCGGCUGAAUUACCUCGAUCAUCAUCACCUGCCUUGCGGCGCGGAGAGUCGGUCUAUUCCUUACGACGUGCUGAAGAAGGAGCUGAUGGAGUUAGCGGCAGAACUUCCUCUCAGAGCGGAUUCAUUCGAGGCCCACGAGAAGCUGUUCAAACUCUGGAAAGGGCGGAGUGCACGGUCGAAGCAGACCUGUGAAUGCCUCUCCCGCUCGCCGCUGUGUACGAGGGUGGCGGCCGGUACGAGGGAGGAAAUCUUGCUCGAACGAGUGGUGUUCAAUAAAAACAUUAUGCUACGGGGCACCACGCCGAUUGGCGGCCAGAAGGCUGCAAAGGAGCUGUUUGAUCUCAGGCUUGGGGAGCUGUUCACAAGGGAGGUGUCAGGGGAUCUCGUGCAGAAAUCCAUGGCGGAACUUGCAGCGGAGGUAGGGAGCAGUGGUGCUGCGAAGUUGGCGCUGAAGGCUCUGGGUUGCCUGCCUGCGUUAUGGUACAAGCAACUGGGGUUUCCAACUGUGCUCCGUCGCACGGUUGACUCCCCUCCGCAGCUGCUGAUUCUGGAUGGGGGGCAGGUUGCCCCCAUGAGGAAUACCCCGGCUUACGAUCAAAUGAUGGACGCGUCAUACCGGGGAGGAGGUGCAAGAGGAGGAGAAAGAGAAGUUGUGGAGCAGCGCUCCGGCUGCCUGCGCUGCUGCCCCUCGCUCCUCCUCCUCUCGCUCGGCCUUCUCGCCGGCGCGGCAAUCGCAGCCGGCAUCUCGCUACUAUUCCCGUGGCGCGCGGUGUCUUUAAUCACCUCGUAUGCGAGCACGGACACGCUAGUCAAGUCGCAAGGAGCGCUGACGUUCCUAGUUGUGGGCGACUGGGGUCGCAAUGGCGACUACAACCAAUCGCUCGUAGCGGAAGCGAUGGGGCGAGUGGCAGCAAAGAUAGAUUCCAGUUUCGUCAUUUCAACGGGGGACAACUUUUACGAGGAUGGGCUGACAGACAGCAGUGACCCGCAGUUCACCUCCUCCUUCUCUGAGAUUUACCAGGCCCCCAGCCUUCGCACGCAGUGGUAUGCUGUUCUGGGCAACCACGACUAUCAUGGCAAUCCCGAGGCACAGCUUGAUCCAGCCCUCUGCCUGCGUGACCCCCGCUGGCGCUGCGAGCGCUCGUACAACGUGAGGAGAGACGCGUGCCCCAAGUAUUUAUAUGAACCCUGUGACGCUCCAGUGGAGCUGUUUUUCAUUGACACGUCACCCAUGCUGAUUGGCUACUGGAAACCCUCGGCCAACCAAACUGAGAGGCUGAAUUUCACGGGCAGACCGGAGUAUUCGCUCUCAAUCCACUUCCAAAUCGAGACACUGAGAGCAGCCCUUGCGUCGUCAACUGCCAAGUGGAAGAUUGUGAUUGGCCACCACCCCGUGCGCAGCACUGGGGAGAAUGGGGAUUCAGCUGAGCUCGUACAAUACCUCAACCCCAUUCUCAAGGAGCAUCAAGUAGAUUUUUACAUGAACGGCCAUGAUCAUAACCUGGAACUUUUCCAGGAACCUGCAAGUUCGCUGUUCUUUGUAACGAGUGGAGCAGGGUCGCAGGUGAGCCACAAGCGGUCGACUACAACCAACCCCUUCUCCCAGUUCUACUAUGCAGAGCAGGGGUUUGUAUCAGUCAUUAUUGAUGGCAACGGCUUGAAGCUUAACUUCCAUGAUAUUGCGGGCACUGUAAUUCACACCCUGUGGGUGGACAAGUAG